UUUUGAUCUGCUUGUAUGGUUGCAGCGUCCUGCGGCCACCCGCACAUGAGAAACACCCAAAACCAUUUGCAUUCAUUUGAGCGAUUGCUUUCUCCCCCCAGUCACAUCUGAUGGGGCUUUUUAUUAUUUGUGAAAUGAAAAGCUAAAUUAAACCUGACGACGAAAAAAAAAAAGGGCCGGAUUGAUUUACUCGCUGUAUUGGUAAAUAUGACCACGUGAUCCAUGUAACCAAUCCCUGUAGAUGCAGGCCAGCAAAAAUACUAUGAUUGUUCAUAGAGGGAAGCUUCCCCUAACAGUGCAACCCCUAUUAUAUGAGUAGGAAGAGAUCAAAAAUGUCUUCCAGUGGAACUCUCAGUAACUGCUAUGUGGACGCUAUAAUGGGGCAGGAGCCGGAGGAUGUGUACGGUGCUCGCUUUAUUCAGGCUCCGCACACGGUUGCGCCGAGGCCGUCAGGUGCUGGGGACAACGCAGACUUCUCCUCUUGCAAUUUUGCACCAAAGUCCGCCGUUUUCUCGUCGUCUUGGUCCUCUGUUCACCCGCAGGGGAUUUAUCAUCCGUAUGUCCACCACCACCACCACCACCAGUCCCAUCUCCCCGGCUCGGACGGCAGAUAUGUCGGCGUCCGCUCCUGGAUGGACCCCAUCUCCAACCACGUUUCUUUCGCCGGAUUUCACUCCAGCAGCCGGCCGUACGGGACAAAGCCAGAGGUAUUGCCACCGAAAGCAGAGUGCGACACGUUGGAUGCAGAGGCUCGGCCGCUCGCUGGUGAUUUUGCGUGUGGAGUAUCGGAGUGUCCAGAAAAAGCGACCAAAGAGCACAGUGGAAGUGAGCUUUCGAGCCACAGCGAGCCCAAAGAGGAGAAACAACAACAACUUGACCCAAACAACCCUGCAGCAAACUGGAUUCACGCACGCUCCACGAGAAAGAAGCGAUGCCCGUACACAAAAUAUCAGACAUUAGAGCUGGAGAAGGAGUUCCUUUACAACAUGUAUUUGACAAGAGACCGACGCUAUGAAGUGGCCCGCAUACUCUGUUUAACCGAGAGACAAGUGAAGAUCUGGUUCCAGAACAGGAGGAUGAAAAUGAAGAAGAUGAAGAGAGAAAGGAGCGACGGCAAGGAGCAGCUAUGAACUGCCAUUUCACACAUUUGUACCAAGGAAGCCAUCUGAUCAAUUCAUUUCAUUUUGGUAGGA